CACAGGAGGAAUCCCACUCCUCCUCGUUUUCCCGUGGAAGGGUCGGGAGAGCAAAAACAGGCUCCUAUGUUCUUUUCGGACACAUAGCCCGAACACGGCGAGCUGUGUGGGGCAUCGGCCUUGGCGACAACUCGACUGUUCAACAAUGCUUCGGAACCGCCAACACACUGCGCGCGGAGCGGCGGUGUUGGUUCUGCUCUUCGUCGGUCACAUGAUCUUAGCUGCUGGCAGCUCAGAAAAAGCCUCACAGAGUCGGGGGGAUGCGCAUGGGAUCGCCCGCAGGCAACUCGACCUUCAGGAGAUCGUGUUUGUCAUCCAGAGUCAAACCAACUCCUUUCACGUGAGGCGGGCGCACAAGCAGAGGGCGGAUUUACUGCAGCAGGCACGCGCUCAGUCAGAGAAAGCACCGGCGGUUCUGCUCCUCCACAGUUUAUCAGACAACGAAGGAGACUGGAGUAUCCUUCCUCUGCUGCCUUACUUGUCUCGCUCCUUUGGGAAGAAUUCCUCCUGGAUUGUGUUUCUGGAGGAGGAGACCGACGUGAAGAUGACGAGGCUGGUUCAAGUCCUCGCAAAGUUUGACAAAAGUCAAGAAUGGUUUCUCGGGAAGCCCCUCCAUGACGAGGAGUCCACCAUCAUCCAUCACUACGCCUUCGCAGAGAACCCCUCUGUCUUCAAAUACCCUGACUUCUCCGCCGCUUGGGCCUUAAGCAUCCCCCUCGUAGUCCGGCUCGCCGACAAAGUCAAAGAGGAGCCGCUGAAAUCGGACUUCACCAUUGACCUGAAACACGAGGUGGCCUUGUACAUUUGGGACAACGGCAACGGUCCUGAUCUGACCGCCGUGCCCGAGCUGUGCACUGAGCCCGAGGACUCUCCAAGGGCUGACCUCUGUGCCACGACUCUGAGCACCCAGCCUCCCCCCUGUGGGGAGCCGGUGAAUGAAGAAGAUGUCUUUGUGGCUGUGAAAACGUGUAAGAAGUUCCACAGCGAAAGAGUUCCCGUGAUUAAGAAGACGUGGGAGAGGGAUGCCGUGUUUCUGGAGUACUACAGCGACCACGCCGAUCCUUCACUGCCCACCGUUAAUUUAGGGGUGCCCAACACCGAGAGAGGCCACUGCGGAAAAACGUUCGCCAUCCUGAAAAGAUUCCUCAGCGGCGACGUGCCGCAGACCGAGUGGCUCGUCAUCGUGGACGACGACACACUGAUCAGCCUCCCCAGACUGCGAGGCUUGCUGAGCUGCUACAGCCCGUCAGAGGCCGUGUGUCUGGGGGAGAGGUACGGCUACGGCCUCAGCCAGGGGGGCUACAGCUACAUCACAGGAGGAGGAGGCAUGGUGUUCAGCCGGGAGGCGGUGGUGCAGCUCCUGAAUAGUGGCUGCAAGUGUUACAGCAACGACGCUCCAGACGACAUGGUGCUGGGCAUGUGCCUCAACGCUCUAGGGAUUCCUGCCACGCACAGCCCCCUUUUCCACCAGGCCCGUCCAGAGGACUACGCCAGGGACUUCCUCGCUCACCAGGUGCCCAUUUCUUUCCACAAACACUGGAACAUCGACCCGGUGGCCGUUUUUAACAAAUGGCUGACAGACGGGACCAAAAACUCAGCCGGACUUAAUACGAGCGCUAAGACUGAGCUGUGAAAUGUGGAUGAAUACGUAGCAUACCGUAUGUGUGCUGAUGUGGGGGUGUCUGUGAUGGCAUGUGGUGAUGUAUGAGUGCAUUCAGCGUGUGCAACCUACAGGAAGACACCCGACGGACACAUUCUCUUUCUCUAGUGUUCACAAGAUGCCAUUGAUGCUGUACAGUCUAUUUUGAAAUAAAUGUGGACAUUUUUAAGUUGUGUUUUAAUGAUCCGCUGGGGAUACAGUAUAGCAUAUUGCUAAUUGAAUGCUAAUUACAGCAACCCAAUUUGGCACAUGAGCAUCAUACAGAGUGCGUGUGUGCAUUUUUCAUGUGUGCAAAUGUCUGGCAGAAUUAGCCUAUCCUGUUGUUCAUUGGAAGAAGUAAAGAGGCCGGGGCAUGACAAGCAAAGCAGAGAGCCAUGUGAACACAGUAACGUAUGUAAACAGGCACCACUGAGUAUAAACAGGCUAAACGGCUUCUUUCAUUGGAUAAAUAGUGUGGGCGCAACACAACUCGUAAGAUGGUCAACUUUUGUGGGUUUAUAAAACAAUUCUUAACUCAAUCAAUCCCAGCCACUUUUUAGACCACCCCUUCGGUAGCGGCCAUUUUAGACCAUUUGGACCGAUCUUUCAAGGCCCACAGAAUAUUGUGUUCUAUGACGAUAUACUCCUGGAAGCUACCACAAGAAAGAUUUUCUUCAUUAGAAAGAAUAAAACUCCGUUGUUUAGCAAUCGACAGUAGAACAUUGGUAAGUUUCAGGAAAAUACCAGUUCCUGACUAAAAAAAGGGAGAAAAGCAGCUUAUUGUGAAAAGAUCCAUUUCAAGCAUAACUUAUAUUUUAUAUACUCUACCAACACAAAGACAAAAAAGGGGUUGUUUUACAUCAAAAUAACCAUUGAUUUACAAACACCAACUAUUUACAACUUCCACAUUGUGCACGUGUGUGCACGCAUGUCCCUCCAAUGUGUAACCUUCUGCGCACUACACUCCUCCACGCUCUCCCACUUCCUGUCCUGCGUCAUUUUUUUUUUCUCUGCCAAGCUUAUUAAAACGCACUUCUGCCACCUUGUGGCCGUUUUUAUGGCUUAAAAUAGUUGUCAAGUGAAAUCCAUUAGUGUGCAGUUGCAUCAUCAUCUCUUUUUGCCUCUCACACAAAAAAAAACAAAAAAAAAAGGUUGUUGCAAUCAGGCGUUCGGCUUUAUAAAAACCUGUAAGUGCGUCUUUGGUAUUGGAUGAGUUAAGCUGUCCUUUGUGUUUGACUGCGAAACAUGGAGAGGCAGCCUGUGUUUUAGUUGUCAGAAAGGGGAAAUAGAAGGGGGCACGGGUGCGAAACGUGUGGAACGUCAGCUAUAACGGCGAUCUUGUGACAUGAACGAUAUGCGCACAUGGAAAAUGAUCCGUCUCAACGAUCCACUACAUGCUUGUUUACGUCAGCCUUCUUGGACUCCAGUCACAGAAGAUAACUGCCGUCUAAUUUC